AUGCCGCAGCCGCUUCCAAUAAAGGCUUGCCAGCAGAAUACCCACACCAAAGUCAGCACGGAGCACAACAAGGAGUGUCUCAUCAACAUUUCCAAGUACAAGUUUUCCCUGGUCAUCAGUGGUCUCACCAAUAUAUUAAAAAAUGUUAAUAACAUGAGAAUAUUUGGAGAAACUGCUGAAAAGAAUUUAUAUCUAUCUCAGCUGAUUAUCUUGGAUACACUGGAAAAAUGUCUGGCAGGGCAACCCAAGGACACCAUGCGGCUGGACGAGACCAUGCUGGUGAAGCAGCUGCUGCCCGAGAUCUGCCACUUCAUCCACACCUACCGCGAGGGCAACCAGCACGCGGCCGAGCUGCGCAGCUCCGCCUCGGGCGUGCUCUUCUCGCUCAGCUGCAACAACUUCAACGCCGUCUUCAGCCGCAUCUCCACCAGAUUACAGGAACUGACUGUUUGCUCAGAAGAUAAUGCUGAUGUUCAUGAUAUUGAACUUCUACAGUACAUCAGUGUGGAUUGUUCAAAACUCAAGCGACUCUUGCAAGAGACUGUAUUCAAGUUUAAAGCUCUUAAGAAAGUAGCUCAGUUAGCUGUUAUCAACAGUCUUGAGAAGGCAUUUUGGAACUGGGUGGAAAACUAUCCUGAUGAAUUCACCAAGCUGUACCAAACCCCCCAGACUGACAUGGCUGAUUGUGCUGAGAAGUUGUUUGAUUUAGUGGAUGGCUUUGCUGAAAGCACCAAACGUAAAGCAGCAGUGUGGCCACUGCAGAUCAUCCUCCUGGUGCUGUGUCCAGAGAUAAUCCAAGAUAUAGCAAAGGAUGUGGUAGAGGAAACUAAAAUGAACAAGAAGCUGUUCCUGGACAAUCUCAGGAAGGCCCUGGCAGGACACAGUGGGAGCAGGCAGCUGACUGAAAGUGCUGCUAUUGCUUGUGUUAAACUGUGCAAAGCAUCUACGUACAUCAACUGGGAAGAUAAUUCUGUCAUUUUCCUGCUAGUGCAGUCCAUGGUAGUAGAUCUUAAGAAUUUGCUGUUUAACCCAAGCAAGCCUUUUUCAAGAGGCAAUCAGAAUGCAGAUGUAGACCUGAUGAUUGACUGCUUGGUUUCCUGCUUCCGCAUAAAUCCUCACAAUAACCAACACUUCAAGAUCUGCUUGGCACAGAAUUCCCCAUCAACAUUUCAUUAUGUGCUGGUAAAUUCACUCCACCGAAUCAUCACAAACUCGGCGCUGGACUGGUGGCCGCGGAUCGACGCCGUGUACUGCCACGCCGUGGAGCUGCGCAGCAUGUUCAGCGACACGCUGCACCGCGCCAUGCAGGGCUGCGGGGCGCACCCCGCCAUCCGCAUGACCCCGAGCCUUACAUUUAAGGAGAAAAUGACAAGCCUUAAAUUUAAAGAAAAACCUACUGAUUUGGAGACCAGAAGCUACAAGUUCUUGCUGUUGUCCUUGGUGAAACUGAUCCAUGCAGAUCCAAAGCUUUUGCUGUGUAACCCCAGGAAGCAGGGCCCCGACUCGCAGGGCAGCACGGCCGAGCUGAUCACGGGGCUGGUGCAGCUGGUGCCGCAGUCCAGCAUGCCCGACAUCGCCCAGGAGGCCAUGGAGGCCUUGCUGGUUCUGCACCAGUUGGACAGCAUUGACUUGUGGAAUCCUGAUGCUCCUAUAGAAACAUUCUGGGAGAUCAGUUCACAAAUGCUUUUUUAUAUCUGCAAGAAGCUUACAAGUCAUCAGAUGCUUAGCAGUACAGAAAUCCUCAAGUGGCUGCGAGAGAUUCUCAUCUGUAGGAAUAAAUUUCUGCUAAAAAACAAACAAUCAGAUAGGAGUUCCUGCCACUUCCUUUUCCUUUAUGAUGUCUCUGGAAGUGGAACUAGUCAAAUUUCUCUUGACCAUGAGGAAAUGAUGCGCUGUGCACCAGGGGCUACCCUGAGGAAAGCAAAGGGGAAUUCAUCCAUAGAGAGCACUGCAGGAUGCAGCGGAACCCCCAUCUGCCGCCAAGCCCAGACCAAGCUGGAAGUGGCCUUGUACAUGUUCCUGUGGAGCCCAGAUAUCGAGGCAGUCCUGGUGGCCAUGUCCUGCUUCCGUCACCUCUGUGAGGAGGCCGACAUCAGGUGUGGAGUAGAUGAGGUCUCAGUGCAUAAUUUUUUGCCAAACUACAACACUUUCAUGGAGUUUGCAUCUGUGAGCAACAUGAUGUCAACAGGGAGAGCAGCUCUUCAGAAGAGAGUGAUGGCUUUAUUGAGGCGCAUUGAGCACCCCACUGCAGGCAACACAGAGGCCUGGGAGGAUACACAUGCAAAAUGGGAACAAGCUACAAAACUGAUCCUUAACUAUCCAAAGACCAAAAUGGAAGAUGGGCAGGUGACCGAGAGCCUGCACAAGACGAUCGUGAAGCGGCGCAUGUCGCACGUCAGCGGCGGCGGCUCCAUCGACCUGUCAGACACGGAGUCGCUGCAGGAGUGGAUCAACAUGACAGGGUUCCUGUGUGCCCUGGGCGGGGUGUGCCUGCAGCACCGCAGCAGCGCGGGGCUGGCCACCUACAGCCCCCCCAUGGGCCCCCUCAACGAGCGCAAGGGCUCCAUGAUCUCCAUGGUCUCCACCGAGGGCAGCGUGGAGACCCCGGUCAGCAAAUUCAUCGACCGCCUGCUCACCCUGAUGGUCUGCAACCACGAGAAGGUGGGGCUGCAGAUCCGCACCAACAUCAAAGACCUGGUGGGGCUGGAGCUCAGCCCAGCCCUUUAUCCUAUGCUCUUCAACAAGCUGAAGAAUACCAUCAGCAAGUUCUUUGAUUCUCAAGGACAGGUCUUGUUAACUGACACCAACACACAAUUUGUAGAGCAAACCAUUGCUAUAAUGAAGAAUUUGCUUGACAAUCACACAGAAGGGAGCUCAGAACACCUUGGACAAGCAAGCAUUGAGACAAUGAUGCUGAAUCUGGUUAGGUACUUCACGCUCUUCAUGAACCUGCUGAACGACUGCAGCGAGGCGGAGGAGGACGGCGCGGCGGCGGGCGGGCGCAAGCGCGGCAUGUCGCGCCGGCUGGCGUCGCUGCGGCACUGCACCGUGCUGGCCAUGUCCAACCUGCUCAACGCCAACGUGGACAGCGGCCUCAUGCACUCCAUAGGCCUCGGCUACCAUAAGGACCUCCAGACCAGAGCCACGUUCAUGGAAGUCCUCACCAAAAUCCUGCAGCAGGGGACAGAGUUCGACACCUUGGCAGAAACGGUGCUGGCAGAUCGCUUUGAGAGAUUGGUGGAGCUGGUUACAAUGAUGGGUGAUCAGGGGGAGCUUCCUAUUGCUAUGGCUUUAGCCAAUGUGGUGCCUUGUUCUCAGUGGGAUGAGCUGGCUCGUGUCCUGGUCACACUCUUUGAUUCCCGGCACCUGCUCUACCAGCUCCUCUGGAAUAUGUUCUCAAAGGAGGUCGAGUUGGCAGACUCCAUGCAGACACUCUUCAGAGGAAACAGUUUAGCCAGUAAAAUAAUGACUUUCUGUUUUAAGGUCUAUGGUGCUACAUAUCUGCAGAAGCUGUUGGAGCCUUUGCUGCGGACUGUGAUCACAUCCCCUGACUGGCAGCACGUCAGCUUUGAGGUGGAUCCAACAAGGCUGGAGCCCACAGAAAGCCUUGAAGAGAACCAGCGGAGUCUCUUGCAAAUGACAGACAAGUUUUUUCAGGCAAUCAUUAAUUCCUCCUCGGAGUUCCCACCCCAGCUGCGCAGUGUGUGCCAUUGUUUGUACCAGGCAACUUGCCACUCUCUACUGAAUAAAGCUACCGUAAAAGAAAAAAAGGAAAACAAAAAAUCAGUGGUGAGCCAGCGCUUCCCCCAGAACAGCAUCGGGGCCGUGGGCAGCGCCAUGUUCCUGCGCUUCAUCAACCCCGCCAUCGUGUCCCCGUACGAGGCGGGCAUCCUGGACAAGAAACCGCCGCCCCGCAUCGAGCGCGGCCUCAAGCUCAUGUCAAAGAUCCUUCAGAGUAUUGCCAACCACGUGCUGUUUACCAAAGAGGAGCACAUGCGGCCUUUCAAUGACUUUGUGAAGAGCAAUUUUGACGCGGCGCGAAGGUUUUUCCUCGACAUCGCGUCCGACUGCCCGGCCAGCGACACCGUCAACCACAGCCUGUCCUUCAUCAGCGACGGCAACGUGCUGGCGCUGCACCGCCUGCUCUGGAACAACCAGGAGAAAAUCGGCCAGUACCUGUCCAGCAACAGGGACCACAAGGCUGUUGGACGACGACCUUUCGACAAGAUGGCAACGCUUCUUGCCUACCUGGGGCCUCCUGAGCACAAACCUGUGGCAGAUACACAUUGGUCCAGCUUAAAUCUCACUAGUUCCAAGUUUGAAGAGUUUAUGACAAGGCAUCAGGUGCAUGAGAAAGAGGAGUUCAAAGCACUGAAAACAUUAAAUAUUUUCUACCAAGCUGGGACAUCCAAAGUUGGCAAUCCUGUUUUCUACUACAUCGCUCGGCGGUUCAAGACUGGUCAGAUCAACGGGGAUUUGCUGAUCUACCACGUGCUGCUGACCCUGAAGCCAUACUAUGCAAAGCCAUAUGAAAUUGUGGUGGACCUCACACACGCUGGCCCCAGUAAUCGCUUUAAAACAGACUUUCUUUCUAAAUGGUUUGUAGUUUUUCCAGGCUUUGCUUAUGAAAAUGUCGCAGCAGUUUUUAUUUAUAACUGUAACUCUUGGGUCAGAGAAUACACCAAAUACCAUGAAAGGCUCUUGACAGGUUUGAAAGGGAGCAAAAGGCUUGUUUUCAUAGACUCUCCAGGGAAGCUGGCAGAGCACAUCGAACACGACCAGCAGAAACUCCCAGCAGCUACCUUGGCUUUGGAGGAGGACUUGAAAGUGUUUCACAAUGCUCUCAAACUGGCUCAUAAAGACACCAAAGUUUCUAUUAAAGUCGGCUCGACGGCGGUGCAGGUGACGUCGGCAGAGCGCACGCGCGUGCUGGGCCAGACCGUGUUCCUCAAUGACAUCUACUACGCCUCUGAGAUCGAGGAGAUCUGCCUGGUGGAUGAGAACCAGUUCACCCUGACCAUUGCCAACCAGGGCACCCCGCUCACCUUCAUGCACCAGGAGUGUGAGGCCAUCGUCAGGUCCAUCAUCCACAUCCGCACGCGCUGGGAGCUGUCGCAGCCCGACUCCAUCCCCCAGCACACCAAGAUCCGCCCCAAGGACGUGCCCGGCACGCUGCUCAACAUCGCCCUGCUCAACCUGGGCAGCUCCGACCCCAGCCUGCGGUCUGCUGCCUAUAAUCUUCUAUGUGCCUUAACCUGUACCUUUAAUUUAAAGAUUGAGGGCCAGUUACUGGAAACUUCAGGUCUGUGUAUUCCUGCCAACAACACACUAUUUAUUGUAUCUAUCAGUAAGACUCUUGCAGCCAACGAGCCACACCUCACCUUGGAGUUCUUGGAGGAGUGUAUUUCAGGAUUUAGCAAAUCCAGCAUUGAGCUGAAGCACCUGUGCCUGGAGUACAUGACGCCCUGGCUGUCCAACCUGGUGCGCUUCUGCAAGCACAACGACGACGCCAAGCGCCAGCGCGUCACCGCCAUCCUGGACAAGCUCAUCACCAUGACCAUCAACGAGAAGCAGAUGUACCCUUCCAUCCAGGCCAAGAUAUGGGGCAGCCUGGGACAGAUAACAGAUCUCCUGGAUGUAGUGCUGGACAGUUUCAUCAAAACCAGUGCCACGGGGGGCUUGGGCUCCAUCAAGGCUGAGGUGAUGGCAGACACAGCUGUAGCACUGGCUUCUGGCAAUGUCAAACUGGUGUCAAGCAAAGUGAUUGGGAGGAUGUGUAAAAUCAUUGACAAGACCUGUCUGUCCCCCACGCCCACGCUGGAGCAGCACCUGAUGUGGGAUGACAUUGCCAUUCUGGCUCGGUACAUGCUCAUGCUCUCCUUCAACAACUCCCUGGACGUGGCUGCACAUCUCCCCUACCUCUUCCACGUGGUGACUCUGCUGGUGGCCACGGGGCCCCUUUCCCUCAGAGCUUCCACUCAUGGGCUCGUCAUCAACAUCAUUCACUCUCUUUGCACUUGUUCACAGCUUCACUUCAGUGAGGAAACCAAGCAAGUUUUAAGGCUGAGCUUGACUGAGUUCUCUCUGCCCAAGUUUUAUUUGCUGUUUGGGAUCAGCAAAGUGAAGUCGGCGGCGGUGAUCGCGUUCCGCUCCAGCUACCGCGACAGGUCCUUCUCGCCCGGCUCCUACGAGCGCGAGACCUUCGCCCUCACCUCGCUGGAGACGGUCACCGAGGCCCUGCUGGAGAUCAUGGAGGCUUGCAUGAGGGAUAUUCCAACGUGCAAGUGGCUGGACCAGUGGACUGAACUAGCUCAAAAGUUUGCAUUCCAGUACAACCCCUCCCUGCAGCCAAGAGCACUGGUUGUCUUUGGCUGUAUAAGUAAACGAGUGUCUCAUGGACAAAUAAAACAAAUCAUCCGAAUUCUCAGCAAGGGACUCGAGAGCUGUUUAAAAGGCCCUGAUAAUUAUAAUAGCCAAGUUCUAAUAGAAGCCACAGUUAUAGCCCUCACCAAGCUGCAGCCUCUUCUUAACAAGGACUCCCCUAUGCACAAGGCUCUGUUCUGGGUGGCCAUGGCUGUGCUGCAGCUGGAUGAGGUGAACCUGUACUCGGCAGGGACAGCCCUGCUGGAGCAGAACCUGCACACCCUGGACAGCCUGCGCGUGUUCAACGACAAGAGCCCAGAAGAAGUGUUCAUGGAGAUCAGGAGACCACUCGAAUGGCACUGCAAGCAGAUGGAUCAUUUUGUUGGGCUAAAUUUCAACUCCAACUUUAACUUUGCACUAGUGGGACAUCUCCUGAAAGGGUACAGGCAUCCUUCGCCUACCACUGUAGCAAGAACAGUGAGGAUUUUGCACACACUCCUUGCUCUGGUGAACAAACACAGGAACUGUGACAAGUUCGAGGUGAACACCCAGAGCGUGGCUUACCUGGCAGCGCUGCUGACGGUGUCGGAGGAGGUGCGGAGCCGCUGCAGCCUCAAGCACAGGAAGUCUCUCCUGCUGACAGACGUCUCAAUGGAAAAUGUUCCCAUGGAUACAUACCCCAUCCAUCACAGUGACACUAGCUAUAGGACACUAAAGGAACACCAGCCCUGGUCAUCCCCCAAGGGGUCAGACAGACACCUGGCUGCCAGUUACCCAACAGUGGGACAGAUCAGCCCUCGCACCCGGAAAUCCAUGAGCUUGGACAUGGGGCAGCCUUCACAAGCCAACACUAAAAAGCUUCUAGGUACAAGGAAAAGUUUUGACCAUUUGAUAUCGGACACAAAGGCUCCUAAAAGGCAAGACAUGGAAUCUGGAAUCACAACGCCUCCCAAAAUGAGGAGAGUAGCCGAAAAUGAUUAUGAAAUGGAAACCCAGAGAAUAUCACCACAGCAGCACCCACACCUCCGGAAAGUUUCCGUUUCCGAGUCAAACGUCCUCCUGGAUGAAGAAGUUCUGACUGACCCAAAAAUUCAAGCACUGCUGCUUACCGUUCUUGCCACGCUGGUGAAGUACACCACGGACGAGUUCGACCAGCGCAUCCUCUACGAGUAUUUAGCAGAAGCCAGCGUUGUCUUCCCAAAGGUCUUUCCUGUUGUGCAUAAUUUAUUGGAUUCCAAGAUCAAUACCCUUUUAUCGCUGUGCCAGGACCCAAACUUGUUGAAUCCAAUUCAUGGGAUUGUGCAGAGUGUUGUCUACCAUGAGGAGUCCCCACCCCAAUACCAAACAUCCUAUCUACAGAGUUUUGGAUUUAAUGGGCUGUGGAGGUUUGCUGGCCCCUUCUCCAAGCAAACCCAAAUCCCAGACUAUGCUGAGCUCAUAGUGAAGUUCCUUGAUGCCUUGAUUGACACGUACUUGCCUGGAAUUGAUGAGGAAGCCAGUGAAGAAUCUCUCCUGACCCCCACCUCUCCGUAUCCCCCAGCGGUGCAGAGCCAGCUCAGCAUCACUGCAAACCUCAACCUCUCCAACUCCAUGACCUCACUUGCCACUUCCCAGCACUCCCCAGGGAUCGACAAGGAGAACGUGGAGCUCUCGCCCACCGCCGGCCACGCCAACAGCGGCAGGAUGCGCCACGGCUCCGCCAGCCAAGUGCAGAAGCAGCGAAGCGCCGGCAGCUUCAAGCGUCACAGCAUCAAAAAGAUCGUGUGAUUGUCGCUUUUUAAUUUUAUUUUUUAUUUUUGGACCUGCCUGGCGCGCGCGGCCCCUCGCGAAGGGCCCUGCACCGGGUGUGAUGCUGCACUUGAGCUGUACAGUUCCCAUCCAGCCGCGUUGCCAGACGAUCAACUCCUGCCCCCUGCCCGAGUCACGGCCGCGCUCCCCGCGCUGGCUCCAGCCCAGCCCCGGGCCAGGCUGGAGCUCUGCGGCGCUCCUCGAAUCCAAAGCCAUUCCCCAGCCCUGCCAUGUCUGCUCUGGCCUCAGGUGUUCCUGCUAAGGGAAGUGUUGAUCCUUAACCCUGUUUGCACGCCUCAAGGUAGUAGUGGCUUCCUGAGCCGGGGAAGUUUCUCCAACCCUGGUGUUAAUCCAAACCUAUAAGAUUUUAGCUGUGUACUUUUUUUUUUUUUCCACACUGAGAAGAAGUUCAUGAUAGCUGCAGUACAAGGAGCUUAACAGAAGUGGUGGAUUAGGUUAAAUUUCAGGUAAUUAGCAAUAAAGGGGAGAGGAAAAGGAGGCUGCAGGAGUCCCUCGUUCCCCAGACCAAGCUUCACACACUUGGACUGUACAUGGACCAGACUGGACAAACUGGCUUUUUUUUCCCAAAGCUUUUUUUUUUUUUUUUGGCUGUACUUCAUCUUCCCUGAGGAAGUUGUACAGGGGAAAAUCCCUGGGAACUGAGCCUCGAGCUGUCAUUGUAGCACGUGCUUUAGUUCUGCCCUUCCCAACAAUGUGCACCUUCAAGAGCUCCUGGCAGAGUAUCCAGUGGGGAAUGGAGGGAAAAUGGGAUGGAUUCAUUCCCGGCUCCGGGGGAUAGUGUGUGGCAAAGCUGCCCCUGUGCUGCCCGGGCAGGGACAGAAACAGCCACGUCUGCUCAAGGUACAUGAAUUUAAAUUAACUGACACUGUGUCCAGUCCAGGGAGGUGUGGGUGGCGCGGUCCCUCCCGGGGCGGGUUCGGGGCUCCGGCGGGGCUUGCACAGACCUGGGGCUGCCGUCGCUGUCCCGGGGCGGGUUCAGGGCUCCGGCGGGCCCUGCACAGACCUGGGGCUGGGGCAGUCAGGAGCCGCUGGUGGCGAGGGAGGAGCCGCUGGGCGCGGCCCCGGUGCCGCGGGCACUGCGGGCUGAGAGUGGAGCUGGGUUCAGGCAGGGGCUGCGUCCCUGGGGCUCACACAGCUCCUGCUCAGAAACAGAUCCGCUUCCCAGUUUCAGAUCCCUCUGCUGUGGUAGGAAAUAACAAUCCUUCAGUGGCUUUAAAGGAAAAAAAAGUAUAUCCAUUAGGUAAAAGCCAGUCCUCCAGUGCAAUCGUUAGUGGCUUUCAGUAAAUCAAACUCCACAGCUAAAUUAUUAGAGAAUGGUACAAUUAAGGGUUCAAUUUAUUGCUAUAGCACAUAAUUCCCAUGUAUCCACACAGUAACAAUGUAACAUUUAUGUAAAUAAAAAUACCUUUAUUGUAUUGAUUCAUAAAAUAACAAUUUCUUUAAUUUGUUUACAGUCCUGGAAAAACUAUGAACACAAACUUCAUAUGCAAGUAGUUUGCCAAAACAAGAGGAAAACCUAGAAUUAGCAGUCAUGGAAUAAACAGGCUAGAAAGAUGAACUGGUGCAAUUAACCAAAUCCCUUCACUGGGGUGGUGCAGGCGCCAGGGCAAGAACUGGUGACACAGAGUGGGGUCUCAGCAGGGCCGUGAGGCUGAGCUGGGCUCAGGGACAGAGCAGGGGCUCAAGCCUUGGGUUUGGGGUCCCCAGGUUGGAAACCAUUGUCAUCUCACAACUCAGAUUGUGAGGAGCCACCCCUGGUGUGACUGGGGUUUGCACUGGGUUGUGCCCAGUCGAGCUGGUUCCAGCCCUUCCCGUUUUGCUGAGGACAAGGAAUUGUAGAAGCCUGAGGAUUUGUAUGUAGGAGGAAAACAAUCUCUUGUAAAGGUGGUGUGCUGUUUUCAGUUGUUUCUCAUGUGAGCAGAUCUGCAAACAGGAACAGUAAUUCCAGAGGAACUGCCUGAUUGAUUUUGUUUGGGCAGAGAGCAAGCCCUUCACUGUUCUGCAUGGCCCAUGUCAGAAGUGUCCCUCCAUCAGAACUGCUGUGCUCCCUGCAGCACAGACAUGUGCGAGCAGAGGGGACAGGGAUGAAAGUCACCUUCCCUGUGGGAACUGCUCCAGGCUCUUGGGCCCAGCUGAACAAAAUGGUCUCUUCAUAAAGUCAGUGAACAAAAGUGAAUUUCCUCUUUCCUGGAAGGAUUUGGUUGGAGUUUUCCCUGUGUGAGAGGUUCAGUGAGAGGGCCUGGACUCUGGCAGAGCAGAGGUAUCAGACACCUGUGUCAGGUAACAGGUGAAUUGGGGUGUAAGGACUGCUGAUGGCCAAGGUUUAAUUUGGGAUCGUGUGUGCCCUGAUAGACAGGAACCUUGUCUCCUAGUACUGGUGCUUGGGAAUCUUGUGCUUGGCUCCCAGGGAACCAUGGCCUUUGUGUAAUGAUUAAACUCCCAUCAGUAAUUAGUUGUUGAGUGCCUUACUGUCACUACAUCGCUGUCCCGCUCCCUCCAGCAGCCUCUGCUGGGAUUUGCCUCUUUUCUUUCUCACAUCCUCCUUCCUUUGUUCUGUCGCUGUUUGAGCACUCUCCAUCCCCUUCCAUCCCUGGGAGCUCUGCUCCCAUCCCGGGCUGCUCCAUCCUUUCUCCACCUGCUGCUCUGCUCUCUGGUGACCAGCAGGUUGUUGCUGGUGACAGUGUGGGUGUGAGCCCUGGCCUGACACGCAGGAGCCCCAUCCCAGGGUCCCCAGUGCCACUGCACUCUGGGCAACCCAUGGGCCACUGGCAGUGGCUGCUGCUGCAGGCUCUGCUGCUGCAGGCUCUGCUGCUGCAGGCUCUGCUGCAGGGAUGGAGCUGCAGCCCCAGAGUCCCUGUGCUCUGACAGGAAAACUUUAAACUCAGAAAAACCCGAUUGGAACACGUGGACCAUGUAACGCCCUCCCGGGAGCGUGUGUGACCCCCUGGCUCAGAGCCCCUUCCCUGCCCCACACUGACCACAGCUCAGUACUGUAAAGACAAUUAACAUUCUGUUUGUGUUUGUAUUUUCCCUGAUUAAAGGUAACUCAGUAGUAUUUGAAUAGUGCAUAACCUACCUGUAAUGAUGCCGACGUUUCUGCUUUACCGUGCAUGAGGUUUCCCAGGACAGGGAGCAUUUCACUGAGUCUCGUGGGCUGAGCCCCCAGCACGUGCUGGGGCUGCCUCUGACCCGGGUUUGUAGGUUUUAGGGCUUUUUCUGUUUCAUUCUAAGGUUAAUUUUUUUCCGAAGUCACAAAGCACGUCCUAUUGUUAUGCAACAAACCACAGACAGUCACUCAGAGUGUUGGUCCCACCUUUUUUUUUAUGCAGUAUAUUCACCUGUAAAUAGGUUUUGUGUAAAAUUUGACAGAAAAGUAUAUUUACUACACUGUAAAUACAUGUGACAAUAUAUUGUAUUAUUUUGCUUUUUUUGUAAAGCAGUUAGUUGCUGUAUAUGUAUAACAUACAAAUUUGAUUAUUCUAGUGUUAGUAACUGUUAACUCCUCCUCCUCCCUCCUGCUGGUGCAUUCCAUCAUUUAAACCAGGAGCUGUGUCUGACACACUCACCCUGUGUGUGACCUCACUGCUUCCAUCCGGCCUGGGCUUCCCAGGGGUUUCCAUGGUCCCAGUCCUGGUCGUGCUGUCCAAGCCAGGGUGUGAGCCUGGAGAGCCCAUGGCCCAGCCCUGGGAGCUGUGGGUCACAGUGGUGGAAACCUGGUUCCAGAUAAUUAUUGUUCACCCCAUUCUCCCCUCAUGUAUGUACUUCCCCCUUUUUUUUGAAGUAAAAUGUAAAUUCAACCUGCUCCCAGUUGUUCGAAGGUCAUUCCAGGGGCUGCAGGGUGAAGGUGGUGGACACUGAUGUCCUCUCUCUGUUGGAACCAGUUUGGGUGGGUUCUUUGGGGCUGAACCGAGGAAUCCAGCCCAGUUACAGAGCCCAACACCCCACUUUUUCUGGGGAAAAUUAAGAUUCCAGUUAAAAUCGAGUGUCUGGGGUUUGUCUUCCCAGACUGGUGCUGCUCUGGGUGUGGGAUCCUGCACAGAUCUGAGAUUGCCUGCGGUGACUGAGGAAGAAGAAAGCCCAUUGUCAUGAAUUUCAUGUCACUUCAAUAAGAUUAUCAUAACUGAAUAAUAAAUCAGAAUAUUUCUUUUUAAAAUGUAAAUUUAAUAUUGUAAUAAAACAGCUGCUUGGUCUUUAAAGAACAAUUCAGUAUAAUUUGUCUAUUUGAGCUUUUUUUGCCUAGAAGCUUGAGGUUUCAGCUGUCAGGCAACUUCUCUGACAAAUGAUUAAUCACAUCUAUUUUUCUUUCAGGGGGAUACAUUACUUCCCCAUUAAAAGUGUAUAAGUACUUAUAUUCUGACUUUGUGAAUCGUAAAAGGAUGUAAAGACACAUUAAAGUGUGACUGCAUUGA